CCAUUUUCAACACACUCCUUCGAAUUUUAACUGACUGAAAGUGCAUCAAAAUGGUCUCCAAAAAAGCGGUACGUUGAUGACUCCGGAGGGGGCACCAGAAUGCUGCUCGCCCGAGAUGGACGUCAUACGUAAUGAUUCCACAUGACAGGUUUUUAGUCACCGUUUCUCUGGGGCUUACAAUGCAUGCAGCCUCCGUUGGCUAGUUUUUGCAUGCAUGGAUCUUCAAGAGUUAACAAUGCAKKAAUGGCCAAGUGUAGCUGUUCUAUUCUAUCUCUAAUUUGCUGCUUGUUGUUUUUUGAGCGCAGAAGAAGCAACAAGACAACAUGAACAGCCGCCUAAAGCUGGUCAUGAAGUCUGGAAAGGCUACCUUKGGAUACAAGCAUUCCAUGAAGUGUGUGCGAAAGGGAAAAGCCAAGUUGAUUCUUGUCGCCUCCAACUGCCCGCACCUUCGAAAGUCCGAAGUUGAGUACAUGGCAAUGCUUGCAAAGGUCCCUGUCCACCACUACUCAGGAGACAACAUCGCACUUGGAACCGCCUGCGGAAAAUUUUUUAAUUGCUCUGUAUUGACGAUCMUCGAUGGAGGAGACUCCGAUAUUCUCUCCCAGAACUAAGUCUAGGUCGCUAAGGAAAUAAAAAAUARCCCCCUCAAAAUGUACAUUACAAGUUCUCGAAAUAGUGUUGUAUAAAAAACYWGAAAUUGC